AACACUCCACAGUGAAAUGUCACAACAAACCAAAUUUUACACCGAAAACAAAGUUAAAAUCGAUCCGGUCAGUUUUUGCAAUGAAAAACGAUUGGUUGUCUCAAAAUGAAGCUGAGGAAUUUUAUCAGAUUAUUUAAAACAAAUGACAAAAACAUUCGCACGUAUUUUGCACUUGCAAUUGUUCGCAUCGUAUUAGUAUUCAUUCCACAGUUCGGCUACAUCCAUCCAGAUGAGUUUUUUCAAUCGAUUGAAGUCAUGGCAGGUGACGAAUACGGGCUGGAACAUACACGGACGUGGGAGUUUAACACAACAUUUCCGAUACGAUCGAUAGUGGUGCCAUACUUCUGUGUCAAGAUUCCGCUUAACUUCCUCAGAUUUAUGUCGCUUUAUGCUCGCCACUACCUGCAAAUCGAUCUGCGUACCAGCUAUGCGUUAGUCGUAUUUCCUCGCCUAAUCAUGGUCUUGAUUUCGUUCAUCAAUGAUUGGUCGCUGUACAAAAUAUGUAAAUCGUACGGUGUGAAGGGCGAAAUGAGAAUGAUCGCGCUGGCAAGCUCAUUCGUCAUGUUAGUAUUCGGUUCACGAACAUUUUCCAACACCAUCGAAAUGGGGCUGUGCUCGGUACUGUUAUACAUAGUGGCCGAUACAAUGGUGCACUCAAACACCGUCCUAUUUCAAAUGGAUUUUCUGCAAGAAAAAUACGACGCAGCCGAAACGACUGUGGGAAAGGUGAAGCUUUACAAAAUGAAAUCGUCGCUGCCCGCGCAUUCAUUCAACAAAUGCUUUCUGAUAUCAACGUUGUGUGUUGUUGGUGUCUUCAAUCGGCCAACAUUUUUGUUCUUCGGCAUGCCGAUAGUGUUUUACUGGCUAAUGCGUGGCAUGGGCACCCGAACGAUCUCAUUUUUUGACUUUUUUCUCCGAAUGACUGCCCUCGUCAUUUGUGCACUACCGAGCUUAGUAUUUUUCAUUAUGAUGGACUCGUUGUACUUUGGCUACUUGCACUUGUCUGAUAUACCUAUGUUGGACAUUGGAAUGCGUAACUUCGUGGUGACUCCGCUCAAUUUCGUUCGUUAUAAUAUCGAUCCGAAAAAUACUGCCCAACAUGGCAUUCAUCCAAAGUAUUUGCACGCUCUCGUCAACAUACCACUGCUGUUCAACAUCUUAGGAGUGGUUUCGCUGCUCUCAUUUGCCUCGAUGGUUUAUCAAUUUUGCCGGGCUGAUUACAAAAAUUUGCCGAGAGCACAAUCAAUCAUUGCUUUAAUGACAGCGGCCAUAUUCGUUCCACUUGGACUGCUAUCGCUAAUAAAUCACCAAGAGCCAAGAUUCCUUCUUCCGCUAACAUUACCCAUCAUUUUCCUGCAUGGCACGAAACUGCAAACUGGAUUGUGUGUAAAACUGCAAACGGGACUGUGUGUGAAACUGCAAACUGGACUGUAUGUACCUGAAUUGGUGAAGUCCAGUCGAAUCCUUAAAAAUAUUUGUUCAAAAAUAUCGUCCAAAAAAAUUGCCGGUGCAACGCUUUUACGUUACUGGUACAUCAUCAACAUAAUUUUCACACUUUUCUUUGGCUUUGUACACCAGGGAGGUGUUUUUCAACUGGCUAGCGACAUAUCGAAUUCGGUCCUAGCUCGAGAUAGCGUCACACAUGUACAUCUAGUCACCAGUCAUAUUUAUAACGUUCCUCUCAGCUUCUUCUUCAUACCGAGUACUAAAACGCUACUCACCAAUCAAGACACCGGCCAGAAAUACACAAUGCAAAAACGAUUUUUCUUGUACGAAUACGGCGGUAUGAACGUGGACGAUUUGCACAGAAAACUGAAGAUAAUUUUGGAUCACAACGAAAUGAAACUGUCGGAGAAGAAUCAGAAAUAUCAACUAUACGUAGCCAUACCGACGAGCUUAACUGACGAUUUGAGCAUGGCAUUUUGGCGAAGCAAUAGCACUGUGAUGACGUAUGAACGGGUGAAGGUUUUUUAUCCACAUUUAUCGACCGAAGCACUACCGAAAUUUUCCAUUCAACAUCCAACCGAAAUUGAAACGGAUUUCGAUUCGGAACGGGAAUGUCGUUUAUUCGAAUGGGGAAGUAAUCAUGACUCGCUGCUCUACGCGGCAUUUCAACAAUUUUCGUCAAUGGUAAAUCAAUUUGGCUUGGCGUUGUAUCGUAUUGAUGUGGGUCGGAAAAACAAAAAGUUUGAAUAAUGGGCUUCAGUUCAAAUAAUUGUCAUGGAUUUUAUUCCCGAUUUCAACUAGUUAACACCAAAACCAAAGAAAUGUUUUUGGAAAAUUUUAA